AUGCCGCCAACGUCGCUCAUCUCCAUCUUUCUUCCUUUCCUAUCACUCGCCAGGGGUGCUGCCGUUCUCAACGCGAGGCAGUCUCUCACUCCACCUGCAGAAUGCGAUGUGAUUCCAGCAUGGGAGGUGACCUCGUUCAAUUGGUUCAACUCUAGCAGCAACCUGGACUGUGUCACCCAGGCCAACGCUCCGCCCGAGGGCGUCUGCUUCAACUCAACAUCCACACCUGGAGUCCUGGUACCCUGCGACGGCAACCUCGGGCCCUGCGACAGGUGCGGCGUCGGUGCCUGCUACACCGGACUCCCGCUGCAGCCAGCCGGGUUCGGGCCCCCGGACACGAUUUCCAUCGGCACCAACGUCCCCGGGUACGGGUCGUGCCUCGAGUCCAACCCGCAGAGCAUCCGGCGCUACGAGGUCGGCAACGGCAUGCUAUUCUGCGGCGGUGUCGCGUACCGCAUUAACUUUGCUGGGGACAGCAACACCGACGUCAGCACCGGCCACAUCGACUUCAGCCCUCUCCAGUCGUGGAACUGCAACAAUGGCAGCACCAUCCGCGCCAGUGGAAGCGUGGACUUCGAGAUUGCCUGCUCUCGGGACUCGGGGAACAAUGCCACCUGUGUAAUCCCCGAUGGCCAGAACGUCGUGAUCCCGGUUUUGUCGUACACGAUCACUUAA